UCAUCUUGAAGGCGGCAUGGCCCAUGAAGCAUCAUGAUUCAUGAGUCGUGUUGUAAUUUGUAAAAGCCCACUUGACAUCAAAAAUUGUCAAAAGUUGCAACUUGUCGAAAAUUCCUAAAUUUCGAGCGAAUCAAAAACCCUAAAAAGCUUACCGAAUUUUUCUUGUGGUGAUGCAGAGUCAAUGUACCUGGACAUAAAUAGUAGUGUGAUGCUCAAACAAUUUAGCCUCAAAUCCUCUCUUCUCCCAUUUUCGUCUCAUUCCCGACGAAGCUCCUCCAAACUCCAUCGUCCUAUCGGAGCCACCAUGACCACAUUUUCGACUCAGAACGAGUCAACUCAGAAACCCGUCCAGGUGGCGAAACGAUUAGAGAAGUUCAAGACUACGAUUUUCACUCAAAUGAGCAUAUUGGCUGUUAAACACGGAGCGAUCAAUUUAGGCCAAGGCUUUCCCAAUUUCGACGGUCCUGAUUUUGUUAAAGAAGCUGCGAUCCAAGCUAUUAAAGAUGGUAAAAACCAGUAUGCUCGUGGAUACGGCAUUCCUCAGCUCAAUUCUGCUAUAGCUGCGCGGUUCCGUGAAGAUACGGGUCUUGUUGUUGAUCCGGAGAAAGAAGUUACUGUUACAUCUGGUUGUACAGAAGCCAUAGCUGCAGCUAUGUUGGGUUUAAUAAACCCUGGUGAUGAAGUCAUUCUCUUUGCACCAUUCUACGAUUCCUAUGAAGCGACGCUCUCUAUGGCUGGUGCUAAAAUAAAAGGAAUCACUUUACGUCCACCGGACUUCUCGAUCCCUUUGGAUGAGCUCAAAGCUGCGGUAACUAACAAGACCCGAGCCAUCCUCAUGAACACUCCGCACAACCCAACUGGGAAGAUGUUCACGAGAGAGGAGCUUGAAACCAUUGCAUCUCUCUGCACUGAAAAUGAUGUGCUUGUGUUCUCGGAUGAAGUAUACGAUAAGCUUGCGUUUGAAAUGGAUCACAUUUCCAUAGCUUCUCUUCCUGGUAUGUACGAGAGAACCGUGACCAUGAAUUCCCUGGGAAAGACUUUCUCUUUAACGGGAUGGAAGAUCGGCUGGGCGAUUGCGCCGCCUCAUCUGACUUGGGGAGUUCGACAAGCACACUCUUACCUCACAUUCGCCACAUCAACACCAGCACAGUGGGCAGCCGUUGCAGCUCUCAAGGCUCCAGAGUCUUACUUCAAUGAGCUGAAAAGAGAUUACGCGGCGAAAAAGGAGAUUCUGGUGAAGGGUUUGAAAGAAGUCGGGUUUAAAGUGUUCCCGUCGAGCGGGACUUACUUUGUGACUGCGGAUCACACGGCAUUUGGAUUGGAGAACGAUGUCGCCUUCUGUGAGUAUCUUAUUGAAGAAGUUGGGGUCGUUGCGAUCCCGACUAGCGUCUUUUAUCUGAAUCCAGAAGAAGGGAAGAACUUGGUUAGGUUUGCGUUCUGUAAAGACGAAGAGACGUUGCGUGGUGCAAUUGAGAGGAUGAAGCAGAAGCUAAAGAGAAAAGUCUGAAGUUUGAAUUAGAAAAUACUCUUUUUUUUUUUUUUUGGGCAAAUACUUUAUUAUUAUGUUGUUGUCUAACUUGUGUUCCUUCUUCUUCGGUUCCAUUUGAGGACAGACUUUUGAUUAAGCAAAGCAAAUUAAUAAAGUAAAGUUCACGUUAUCAAA